AUGUUGCAAGCAGGAAAGAUGGCUGAGAUUAGUAAUGAAGUGAAGAGAUGCAAGAUGGAUGUGGUGGCGCUGCAGGAGGUUAGAUGGAAGGGCUCUGGAAGGAUAGAUAAGAAGGAUUAUAGUGUGUUGUAUAGUGGCAAUGAGGAACGAGCUGGUAGACAUGGUACAGCCCUCAUUAUAAAUGCAAAAGUAAGGCAUCGACUUUUAGCUUUCUGGCCAGUCUCAGAGCGUAUGUGCAAGAUAAGAAUAAAGGGACGUUUCAGGAAUCUGACAAUAAUUUCUGCAUAUGCACCUACUGAAGAAGCCACAGAUGAGGACAAAGAUACAUUCUAUGAAAGUUUGGCUAGGGAAUGCGCAAAAGCCCCAAAGUAUGACAUGUUGGUAGUGCUUGGCGACUUCAAUGCAAAGGUUGGGAAGGAGCCAUUUUUGAAAGGAGUGUCAGGGAAGCACACACUGCAUAAAGAGACAAGUGAAAAUGGAAGAAGACUAAAUAAAGAAGGGCUGAGAAGCCAAGGGGUAUAA